AUAAAAAUAGCCUUUAUCAACUAUUGUAGUUGCCACAGGAUCCUACUGCUUGUCUUCCUGCCUCACAGUACACAGACGUUGCAGCCACUAGUACUACUACAACUAGAUGUGGGUUGCUUCUCACCUUUUGGCAACAACUACUCUAAAGAAGUUACUAAACAAUUACAAUAA